AGAUUUAUCUUCUGCUGCAGAAGAUCAGCGCGUGCCUCUCACGAGCCUCUCUCUCACUAGCAUACAUUUCGUCUGCUGCUAGUCUAUCCUUUUUCAUCUUUUGGAUUAUUUUUCGAAGAGAAUUUAAAGAAAGUGCAAAAGAGAGCUAGAAUAUUAAAAUUAUUUGGAAUUUAAACAGAAAGAGUUCAUUCUACAGUGAUUUAUGCAUAUAAUACUCGGAUAUUGUGUAUUCUACACGAAUAAAUAAAAGAAAAGUAACAUAGAAGCGGGUCAGGAUGGGUGUGGGUGACGAUAUUGCCCCACGUUUUACACAAAAGCCAUCCCUCAAACAGGAAGAAAAUGGAAACAAACUCGUGUUUCAGUGCGCCCUUGAGGCCUCCCCAAAACCGGAAAUUAACUGGUUCAGGGGGCAAACACCACUUCAAGAAUCUGAUAGGAUUAAAAUGCGUGUUGAUAAUGCCGGAGGGAAUACAUACAGUGUUGUCAUGGAUAUAACCGGUGUUACACAACAAGAUGGCGGAUCUUAUAAAGUUGUUGCUAAAAAUAAACUUGGUGAAAUGUCAGCUUCCAUUAAUUUGAAUUUUAAUGCACAAACGCAAAACCAACAAGAUGGGAUAGCUCCAAAUUUUACCCAGAAGCCUUUGAUCAAGCAGUUGGAUGGAGGCAAGAGAAUGUUAUUUGAAUGUCAACUCACAGCAGAUCCGGCACCUAUCAUUACUUGGUUCAGAGACACAGCACAACUUGCAGCUGGAGAUCGUCUCAAGAUGGACACAAAACAGAAAGGUCCAAAAGAAUACACUAUAACAUUAGAAAUCAGUAAUGUAUCACCACAAGAUGCUGGUAGUUAUAGGGUAACUGCCAAAAAUGCCCUCGGAGAAAGUAACGCAACUAUCGGACUUAACUUUGAUGUCGGAUCAGCUCCCCCUAGCAGCCCGCCAAGUUUCAUAGGAAAACCGGUUAUACGUCAAGUACAGAAAUCUAUUGUAUUUGAAUGUCGGUUAAAAGGUGAACCUGCCCCAUCCAUUACCUGGAUGCAGGGGACUAAUGUUAUACAGUCCGGCGGCCGUAUUAUUAUCUCGCAAACAAAAGAUGCUGAAAAUAUUCAUAUACUGACUCUUGAAAUACAAGGCGUAGGAAUACAAGAUGGAGGGGAAUAUAAGGUUUUGGCUAAAAACACGAAAGGCGAGGCUGUUGCUACCAUUAAUUUGAAUUUGGAAGGUAAAAAGCCUCAGGUACCAACAGGAAAAGCUCCUCACUUCCUUCAGAAACCAACGAUAAAGCAGCAGGCGAACCAGCUAGUUAUGACGUGUAUCCUUGAAGCUAAACCCGCGCCACAAAUCAAAUGGUUCCGUGAAACUCAGGAGCUGUCACAGGGAGGACGCUACAACAUCAAACUAGAGAGUGAUGCUAAAACACCCGAGGGUUUUACUGCUAUACUACAAAUCAAGGACCCUAAACCAGAAGAUGGAGGGGCAUAUAAAUGUACAGCAACCAAUGAAAAUGGAGAAUCUAACGCUAACAUCACCCUUAACUUCUCAGCUAAGGCCAAACCAGGAGCCCAGGCUGGAAAGACAUCAGGCAAACCACCUGUGUUCAAGGAGAAGCCCAAAGUCACCCAGGAGGGUGCUGGCAAGAACCUUUUGAUUGAGUGCAAAUGUACUGCCAGCCCGAAACCCAACCUUUCCUGGUUCAAAGAUAAUCAACCUCUUACAGAAACAAAUAGAGUCAAAUCUCGAAUGUCAGGAACUGGCGAAGAAUAUGUCAUCAAUCUAGAUAUUCUUAAUUUCACAAAAGCAGAUGGUGGUGUAUAUAAAGUUAUUGCUAAGAAUGACAGUGGAGAAGGAACAGCUAGCAUUACUAUAAAUCUUGAUGCUGGUGCUAAACCUAAACCAGAAGAAAAGAAAGAAGAAACUCAAAUUGAAAAACUGGCUGAGAAAAAAGAAGAAAAGCCGGCAGAAAAACCAGUCGAGAAAAAAGAAGAAAAGCCAGCAGAAAAACCAGUCGAGAAAAAAGAAGAAAAGCCAGCAGAAAAACCUGCUGAGAAGAAAGAAGAAAAGCCAGCUGGUGCUGCACCUGUUCUCAAAGAUAAACCAAUUGUUAAACUUGAAAAUAAUGGACAAUUGUUGACUAUUAGAUUUGUAAUAAAAUCAGCCGUGAAACCCACUGCCCUAUGGUCAUUUGGUGGAAUACCACUUAAAAGUGGAGGGAGAUAUUUUCUGAACGUACAACCUAGCAAGACAGAUAAAGAAGAGUUUACUAUAUUACUGGAAUGUAAAUCUCCAAGUGACAAAGACUCUGGAUUGUACAAGACAGCUGUUAAAACACCAAAUGGAACAUUAGAUGCUGAAACCAAAAUAAACAUCAAAGAAUUGAUAGCUGCAGCAAGAGGGGAUCCACCUAAGUUCACAACUAAACUUGCGCCACAGACAGUAGACGAUGGAGAAAAUGUGGAAAUGUCGGCCAAGGUCACUGGUACAGAUCCUAUUCAAAUCAAAUGGACUAAGGGAGGUAAACUAUUCACUGGUACCAAAAAUGCCAAGGUGACAUUUGCCAGCAACACAGCUACACUCAGUAUUACGUCUGCUACUAAAGAUGAUGCCGGAAGUUACUCUGUCGAGGCCAAAAAUCAACACGGAAAAGCUGCAUGCUCAGCUUCUCUUACUGUAAAAGAAAAACCCAAGUUGAAGGUUACAGAACCAGAAGAAAAGAUUGAAAAGAAAGAAGCUAAACCAGCAGAAUCUAAACCUCAAGAUGAGAAAGACAAGAAGCCAAAAGAACCUGCUCCUAAAAAAGUAGAACCCAAAGCAGAGAAAAAGGACGAAAAGGCCCCAAAGGAGCCAGAAAAACCCAAAGAGAAAGAACCUGAAAAGAAAAAACCUGAGAUUAAGGUUGAUUCAAAAACUGUAAAAGAACCUUCCCCAAAGCCUGAAAGCAAACAGAAAUUAUCCAGGAGCCCUUCCCCAGCUCCCCCAAAACGUAAAGAAUCGCAGACACCCUCCAUAGUUGUUGGAGAUGAUGAUACUUCCCAUACAGAGAGUUUAUCAGAACUUGGCGAGGAGGAUGAAUUAGUUAAGAAAACUGUGCUGGAAGUGUCAGAAAAGAAGCACGGAGAAGGUCGUCGUAUUUCAGUGGUCAAACACAAGGAACCAGAGAAAGCUAAGAUUGAUGGACCGACUCACAAGAUCAAGGAUAAACCUACAAACCAGAGUAUCAUAGAAGGUGAUCCCCUAAGAAUGAAGAUCCCAUUGGACAUAGUACCAGACUUGCCACCACCGUCUAUCAAGUUCUGGAGAGCUGGACGUGAGAUCCGUGAAGACUCUCGCACCAAUUUUGGUUUACGUGACAACCAAGCCUUGCUACAAGUGCAGAAGACAAGAUUCACAGACGAGGCAAAAUACUCUCUAACAGUUGAGCAGGAAGGCGUCGUUGUUGACAAAGUUGUUUGGAGUGUCUUUAUUAAAGAUCCUAAAGAUCAAGCAAUGGACUUCAGGUCCCUUCUUAAACACAGGGAGGGAAAGAAGAAAGGAGGUGAUGAUGAAGAUAUUGAUUGGGGAAUGCUAAAACCAGAAGAGCCUGCUCCCAUUGAGCAGAAACGUCGUAUGUCGCAAAUUGAGAUGACAAAGAUGGCACUGAAGAAAGUCGAGUCUGACAGUGAAGAUGAAAGGAGUGGUAGCAGACGUCAAUCAAUAGAUGAAUCAAAUAAGCUUGACGUCAUUCCCAAAAAAACAUUAACCGCCGAAAAAUUGGAAGCCAUUGAUGCUCAACAACAACAAAGACGUGCGUCUAUGCAAGGUCGAAGAAUGUCAUUGGUAGAGGCCAUUCCGGAUUGGCCAGCACUCAAACAUGCAGAAAAAGAGGUCGAGAUGCCAGAGAAAUGGAUCACUGAACUUGAAGACCGCAAAGUACGUGAAGGAAUCGAGGAAGUCGUGUUCUCCGCUAGGUUCUGUAAACCGGACGCACAGUACCGCUGGUACAAGAAUAAACUGGAGAUAUUCCAGGGGGAGAAGUAUCAUUUUGAGGUUAUUGAUGACGAGUACAAAUGUACAAUCAGGAACAUAAAACUCGACGACAAUGCUCGCUACAUCUUAGAGUGCGGAAAAGUUCCACUCAAAACGGACGCUUGGUUAUAUGUUGAAGAGAAGCCUCCGGAGUAUUUCUUCCAGCAGAAUUUACCAGCUAAAUAUGGUAUUCAGACAAAGAAGGAAGGCAUGCUUGAAUGCUUUGUUAAUGAUAACAAGGCCAAGGUGAAAUGGUACAAGGACGGACAAUUGGUUGAGUAUGACCAGGGUAAAACAGAGAUACGUCGCAGAGAGAAUCGUUGCAUCCUCAGUUUCCCGAACAUGAGUAAAGAGUUUGAAGGUCACUAUGAAUGUAAAAUCACCGUUGGAGAAGCUGUCACAAAAUGUGAUCUUAAAUGCACUCAACCAGCUUGGGAGUUCAUGAAGAAGUUGGAAGAUAUUGAAGGUCAAGAGAGACAGAAAGCCAUCUUUGAGUGUGAUGUCAGUGAUCCAGAGGCAGAGGUGUCCUGGUUUAGAGAUGAAAAGGGUGAUGGCGAGUUUACGGAGCUGAAAGCCGGUGGUAAAUAUGAGUUUGUCAAGGACGGUCACAAACGUCGUCUGCAGAUCAAGAACUGUAGCAGUCGUGACGAGGGUAAAUACAAGUGCGUCAUGCAGGAUAAAGAAACAGCUGCACAACUUUUCGUUGAACCUGAUAUUAAAUUCUUUAAGAAGCUGGAGAAUAAGAAAGAGAAGGAAAAGGGAACGUUAAUGCUCGAUUGUAAAGCCUCUAACCCAAACAGUGCUCCAGUUAAAUGGUUAAAAGAUGGAAAACCUAUUGACAAAGAUGACUCCCGUUUUGAAAUUUCGAAGAAGGGAGAGGUAAUGAAGAUGUUGGUGAAGAACCUCACAGAAGAUGAUGCGGGAGAAUAUGCUUGUCAGGUGGGCGAGAGAACCACUAAAUGUCAGGUCACCAUCGAAGAAUUACCUAAACCUCCCAAGGUUGACUUCAGUCGUGUACCAAAGGAAGUCAUCCUGAAGAAGGGAGAGAGAUUGCAGCUUGAUAUACCUUUUGUUGGAACACCAAAGCCUGUAGCUGAAUGGUCGAGGGACGGCUCACCGUUAUCUGAUCAAGACACUGACAUCGAGACAAAGGACAAGUCGACACAUCUUGUAGUACCGAGUGUAGUGAGAGGUGAUACUGGAGAGUAUUGUGUUACUCUGUCUAACGAGGUCGGAACCGAGAAAGUCCCCAUCAAUGUUAUUGUACUUGACAAGCCUGGUAAACCAAAGGGUCCUCUUGAUAUUGUUGACGUCUUCUCUGACCGUGCCGCCCUGUUAUGGGACCGUCCUGAUGAUGACGGAGGCAGUCCUAUUACAGGUUAUGUUGUUGAGAUGAAAGAAGCCGGCAAGGACUGGAAGAAGGUUUGUGACACAGAUGACAUUGAGAUUGACGUAGCUGACCUCAAGGAAGGAAAUCGUUACACAUUCCGUGUAGCUGCCGUAAACGCACAAGGACAGAGUGACUGGCUCGAGGCUGACGGGGAAAUUCUUGCUAAAGACCCAUGGGAUCCCGCUGACCCUCCACGUGAUCCUAAGAUCAUUGAUUAUGACAAGGAUUAUGUUGAAGUUGGCUGGUUACCACCAGAGAGAGAUAACGGGGCACCAGUAGAUAAAUACAUCAUUGAAUACAGGGAAAAAGAUAAGGGAGACUGGAAACCGGGUACCGAGGUUCCAGGUGAUGUGGAUAAGGGAACCGUAGAAGGUUUGGUCGAAGGAAAGGACUAUGAAUUCAGAGUUAUUGCCCAUAACAAGGCUGGUAAUUCUGAGCCCAGCAUGGUGUCACCACCAGUCAAGACAAAGGCCAGAAAAGUAAAACCAAGAAUCACCAACAAGAAUGACCUCAAGCCUAUACGUAUCAAGGUCGGUCAAGCUUUCUCCGUCACCGGACAGUUCAUUGGUGAACCUGCUCCUGAAGUCACAUGGUCUAUCAAACACGUGGAUGGUAAAGAGGAUGUGGUAACUUCAAAUGAAAUCAUAAAGAUUAAGAAUUCUCCAAAAGAGUCGGAACUUGCUGGUAAAGACUGUAUCCGUAAGAACACUGGUAUCUAUAAGAUCACCGUGGAAAACAAACAUGGCAAGGACGAUGCUGAACUAGAGAUUGUUAUACUUGGUCCACCUGGCAGACCUAAAGGUCCCCUUGAAGUUGCUGAUAUCACAAAGAACAGUGCUAAACUUGCCUGGAAAGAACCUGAAGAUGAUGGUGGUCAGCCCAUUGAGGGUUACCGUGUGGAGAAGAUGGAUUUAGAGAAGGGAAGAUGGGAACCGGUUAAAUCAACACGUAAACCUGAACUAGAUGUACCAAAACUAGUCGAGGGUCAUCAAUCCAAGUUCCGUGUCAUUGCUGAAAGUCCAAAUGGUGACAGUGAACCAUUAGUACUGGAAGAUCCAAUCACAGCCAAAGAUCCAUUUAAUGAGCCAUUCCCUCCCGGCCAACCUCAGGCUAAGGAACAAGACAGGGAUCAUAUUACCAUCAAGUGGGAACCACCAGAGAACGACGGUGGUGCACCCAUCACAGGUUACGAUAUUGAACGUAAAGAACCAAAGAGCAAUAGAUGGAUCAAGCUCAACAGAACCCCUGUUUCAGAACCAGAGUAUGAGGAUACAAAGGUGACAGCAAACAAAGAAUAUGAAUAUCGUGUCAUCGCCCAUAACAAGAAGGGACCUUCUGGCCCCUCUAUGCCUUCUAAAACAAUCACGGCUAAACCAACGAAAGAGGCCCCUAAGGUGGAUCUAACAAGCUUGUUUGGUGCUAAGGAAGUGCGUGUUAAGGCUGGUGAACCAUUGAAGCUUGCCCUCGGUAUAACAGGAUCUCCUACACCUACUGUAACAUGGCUGAAGGAUGGUAAACCUAUAGACAGGGCCACAACAUCUAAUACUGAUGAGGAUGCUAAAUUAGAAAUUCCAAGAGCCGAACGUGGUGACACUGGAAAAUACCAGAUCAAAGUGGAAAAUGAGAAUGGUUCUGACACAGCUGAAGUUCCUGUCAUUGUUCUAGACAAGCCAGGAGCACCAGAAGGACCACUAGAGGUCACUGACCAGAUGGCUGACUCCUGCAAGUUGUCAUGGAAACCACCUAAAGAAGAUGGAAAUGCUCCUAUCAUGGGUUAUGUUGUUGAGAAAUGUGAAGAGGGUUCAGACUUCUGGGAGAAGGUACCAGGCGUGGUACAGGGAGAGUCUCACAAGGUACCUAACCUCACCGAGGGUAAGAAGUACAAGUACCGUGUCCGUGCAGAGAACAUGUACGGUGUUGGAGACCCACUGGAGACCACUAAACCACAUCUUGCCAAAAAUCCAUUCGACACACCAGAUGCUCCACAAGAUCUUGAGAUUGAUAGUUAUGACAAGAGAAGUUGUAACCUAAAAUGGAAGAAACCUCUCCAUGAUGGUGGAAAUCCAAUCAAAGGCUACAUUGUUGAGAAGAAGGACAAGAGGGGAGACUGGACACCAUGUAAUAAUUUCCCUGUAGCUGACACUAAGUUCCCAGUAAUGAACCUUCGUGAAGGACAGGUUGUUGAGUUCCGUGUGAAGGCCGUGAAUGAUGGCGGCCCCGGUGCACCAAGUAAACCUACAGCUCCACAUACUGUCAGAGAUCCUGUCUUUGAAGCAGGCGCCCCAGGCACCCCCAAUGUUGAUGAAAUCACUAAAAAAUCUGCCACCAUCUCAUGGACAAGACCAAAGAAUGAUGGAGGCAGUAAACUGCAGGGAUACGUCAUUGAGAAGAAGAUGCCUGGUGAAGAUUGGGUAGAAUGUAUGGAAGUGCCAGAACAUCAGACACAAGCCACUGUGCCAAACCUCAAGGAAGGCGAGAAGUACCAGUUCAGGGUUCGCGCUAUCAACUCCCUCGGACCAGGUGAGGCCAGCAAGCCUACUGAUGUUAUCACAGCUGAAGAUCAACCAUGCAAGCCAACACUUGACCUGUCAGGUGUCAAGGAUGUCACAGUGCACGCUGGCCAGGAGAUCAGAAUCAGUGUGCCAUUCAAAGGUGUACCUAAACCUACAGCCAAAUGGUUCAAUGGAGACAAUGAAAUUGAUCAUCCAAGAUCUACAUGUGCUUACUUGGUAGAAGGGAUGAAUAUGGGUGAAAGACAGCUUGAGAAGGAUGAGGUUGUCCUGAAUGUGAGAAAAUCAGAGAGAUCUGACACUGGUAGAUACAAGUUACAACUCAAGAACCCAUCCGGUACUGCUGAAGGUUUCCUUAAUGUAACCGUACUUGACAAGCCUGGUAAACCAGAAGGACCACUUGAAGCCACAGACUUUAAGGGAGAGUCUCUAACACUCAACUGGAAACCUCCACUUGAUGAUGGUGGAGAAAGAAUCACCAGAUAUGUUGUGGAGAAGAAAAAGAAAGGAACAGACAAAUGGUCUAAGGCUGGAGGAUUUGUAUCAUCACCUACAUGUGAUGUACGCAAUCUGGAACCAGGUACCGAGUAUGAGUUCCGUGUCAUGGCAGAGAACUCUAACGGUGUUAGUGAACCAUUGAUGACCACAGAACCUGUACUGGCGAAAUAUCCAUAUGACAAGCCUGGAGCACCAGGUGUACCUAAAUGUAAGACAACAACAGAGGACAGUAUAACUCUAACAUGGUCACCACCCAAGAGAGAUGGAGGUAACCCCAUCACUGGAUAUGUCAUGGAGAAAAGAGAGAAGGGUGAUGAUAAAUGGAUAAAAUGUAGUUAUUCUGACAUCCCAGACACAGAGUUCACGGCCAAGGGUUUGACGGAGGGUAAAGAGUGUGAGUUCCGUGUAGCAGCUGUCAACAAUGCUGGCACCGGAGAGUUCAGUAGCUGUACCGAACCUAUCAAGGCUCAACCUCCUCCAAUUGCUCCAAAGGUCAGCCCAGAGUUCAUGGGUAGAGACAUUAUUGCCAAGAGGGGUGAGCCCUUCAAAAUUAGCAUUCCUUACACUGGCAGACCUGUACCAACAGUGGAAUGGUCCAAUAAUGGUAUGAGAAUAAAUGAAGAGCCAGGCCGUGUAGCAUUUGAGAAUGACUUGAACAACAUCGUGUUUAAAUGUAAGAGUGCUGAGAAAGGUGACGCUGGUAAAUACAACUUGGUGAUGAGGAACGACCUUGGUAUGGACUCUGUACCAAUCAACGUGAUCGUAGUCGACGCACCCGGUAAACCUGAUGGUCUUACAGCAGCCGAUAUUACAAAUGACAGCUGUAUGCUUAAAUGGAACCCACCAAAGGAUGAUGGUGGAAGUCCAAUCCAGAACUACAUCAUCGAGAAGAAGGACAUGCGCUCAGGUGACUGGAUACCAUGCAGCAAAUACUGUAGGGGAACCAGCUACGAGGUUCUCAAUCUCGAUGAAGGUCAUGAAUACCAGUUCCGUGUCAAGGCAGAGAAUGAACAUGGUGUUAGUGAACCUAUCAUGCUAGACAGUCCCAUCACUGCACAAAAUCCAUGGACUCGUCCUGAUGCUCCUACUGGUCUAUCACCUGAUGAUAUUGAUGCCACAUCAGUUGCUCUCACCUGGCAGAAACCAAAGAAUGACGGUGGUAAAAAGAUACAAGGUUACAUUGUUGAAUACAAGGAACCGACCUCUAACAGGUGGAAACAAGCCAACGCUGCACCUGUACAGGGUACCAACUUCAAGGUUGAUGAUCUUGAGAAAGGUCAGGAGUACGAGUUCCGUGUUCGAGCCAAGAAUGAAGCUGGUCUUAGUGAACCGAGCCAUGCUACUGGACCCAUCCUUACACGUCCAAAAUACUCCAAGCCACAUCCACCAGGAAUACCAAACAUUUCCAAUGUUGGCAGAAACUUUGUCGAGCUCACUUGGGACAAACCACUCAAAGAUGGAGGCAGCAAAGUUACAGGAUACAUUGUUGAGAAGAAACCCACAGAUAGUGACAACUGGCAGAGAGUCUCAUCUGUCCCAUGUAUUGACAGGAACUACCUUGUUGGUGACCUCGUGGAAGGUUCAGACAUGGAAUUCCGUGUGUCUGCUAUCAAUGCUGCCGGUCAAGGUGAACCAAGUGGAGCCAGCAGCCCUGUCAAGGUCAAAGAAAAGAUUGUUGGUUAUGCACCAGAUAUUGUGAAGAAGUUGCACAAUGUAAGUGGACCAGCUGGAGGAGAAGCUGUUUUCUCUGUACAAGCUGAAGGCAAACCUCAACCAGAAAUCUUUUGGUACAAGAAUGGUAUACCUAUUGGAAACACAUCUCGUAGCCGCAUGAAGCAGGAUGGCGAUGUUUAUGUACUGACAAUGUCGGACCUGUCUCCAUCUGACGCCGGGAAAAUCUCUUGUGAACUCCGUAACCCUCUCGGAACUGACUCCAGUUACUGCAAUCUUAAAGUUGUCUCUCCUCCUAAGAUUGAGAAGGAGAUCAAGGAUCAGACUCUGAUGUGCGGUGAACCAUGGAAAAUCAAACUUCCACUCAGUGGAGAUGGUCCAUUUGAUGUUGUCAUCAAGAAAAACAAUAAAGAGUUGCCAGUCACUGAGUCUUCACGUAUGAAGAUCUCUCCAUUCGAUGAUUUCUGUACCAUACAACUUAAAGAUUUAGAGAUGGGUGACUCUGGUCAGUAUAGGAUUGAAGUAUCUAAUGACAGUGGUACGGCCAGCUGUGGAUUCAGGAUGAAUGUUGUCAAUAUUCCAAGCCCACCAGUAGGACCUCUGGAUGUAGCUGAGAUCACAAAGAACACUUGUCAUCUGUCAUGGAAACCACCAAAGGACGAUGGUGGAUGUAAGGUCCUUGGUUACAUGGUGGAGAGACAAGAAGUUGGUAAACCAUACUGGACAACUGUCUCCUCUAGAUGCAAGGACACAGCUAUAGAUGUACAAGGUCUGAUGGAGAAUGGUAAAUACCUGUUCCGUGUCUCCGCCAUCAACGACAACGGACAAUCUGAACCACUGACAGCAGAAAACCCAAUCAUUGCUAAGAUGCCAUACGAUGUACCAAAUUCUCCUGGUAUACCAGAGGUUGAGGAAGUAGGCAGCGAUUUUGUCAGCCUCAACUGGGCCAAACCUUCUUCUGAUGGUGGCGGUAAAAUUACUUCUUACUGGGUCGACAAACGCGAACACGGCAAGGAAGAUUGGAGUCGAGUUAAUACACAUCCAUGUAUCACAAACAUGAUUAAUAUUCCAAACUUGAUUGAAGACAGGAGAUACGAGUUCCGUGUGUUUGCUGAAAAUGGUGCCGGCUUGAGUAAACCAUCAGUAGCUUCUAACAGCAUCAAAAUCAAGGAUCCAAAUGCUGCUGUUGCACCCGAGUUUGCCAGCCAUCUCAGGAAGGUACAUGCCACUGAGGGAAGAACUGCCAGGUUUGAGUGUGAAGUUACCGGAACACCAAAACCAGACAUUGCUUGGUUUAAGGGCAGUAGAGAACUCUUUGAUGAUAAUAAACAUGAGAUUGUUUCCGAUGGUGACACAUAUUCUCUGAUCAUAAAAGAAGUAUUUGGUGAAGACCAGGACGAAUAUCUUUGUAAAGCAACCAACCGUGGCGGCACCAAGACAAGUAGAGCUGACCUUGAAAUAAGCUCACCACCAAAGAUUAACGUUCCACCAAGAUUCCGUGACGUGUCUACAUAUGAGAAGGGAGAAGAUAUAGUCCUUAAGAUUCCAUUUACUGGAAACCCAAAACCAACUAUCAAGUGGAUCAGGGACGGCAAGGAGAUCUCUGGACACAGAUAUCAUAUUGAUGUCACAGAUCGCCACGCCUUCCUCACCAUCAAAUCUGCCGUGAAGGAUGACGAUGGUCCAUGGAGACUUCAACUUGACAAUGACCUCGGAACUGAUUCUGCUCUCAUCAAAAUACAAGUCAAUGAUCGUCCAGAAGCACCUAGGUUCCCAACUGUUGAGAAUAUCACAGAUGAGUCAUGUACAUUAACAUGGAAACCACCAUUGAAUGAUGGCGGCAGUUUUAUUACAGAAUAUUUCAUUGAAAAAUGUGAACUUCCAUCUUCCAGCUGGUCUAGAGUAGGAACUAAUAGAUUAACUGUACAAAAUGUGACAGGACUUUCCCCCGGUAAACAAUAUCAGUUCAGGGUAUCAGCUGAAAACUUCUAUGGUCGUAGUGAACCAUGUGAGCCCACCAAACCAAUCACCACGGAGAAGGUUCCAGAAAGCAAGAAAGGCAAAUUGGACGAAUUUGGACGCAAAAUCAGAGGAAAAUACGAUGGACCAAAGAUUGCCGAUUAUGAUAAACUAUACUAUGACUUGUGGAAGAAAUAUGUACCACAACCUGUUGAAGUUAAACAAGAAAGUGUAUAUGACUAUUAUGAUAUACUUGAAGAACUUGGAAGUGGUGCUUUUGGUGUGGUACACCGAUGUAUAGAGAAGGCGACUGGUCGUGUGUUUGUUGCCAAGUUUAUAAACACACCAUACCCACUAGAUAAACAUACAGUGAAGAAUGAGAUAAAUAUGAUGAAUCAGUUACAUCAUCCUAAACUGCUCAAUCUCAAAGAUGCCUUUGAAGAUAAACAAGAAAUGGUCCUUAUCCUCGAAUUUUUGUCUGGUGGCGAGUUGUUUGACCGUAUUGCAGCAGAAGAUUACAAGAUGUCGGAGGCUGAGGUUAUACAUUACAUGACACAAGUGUGCCACGGUCUAGAACAUAUGCAUGAGAACAGUAUAGUCCACCUCGAUAUUAAGCCGGAAAAUGUUAUGUGUGAAACAAAGAAAAGCAAUAAUGUAAAACUUAUAGACUUUGGUUUAGCAACAAAAUUAAAUCCUGAUGAGAUAGUGAAGGUAACCACGGCAACUGCUGAAUUUGCCGCCCCCGAGAUAGUUGACCAUGAGCCUGUGGGCUUCUACACAGACAUGUGGGCUGCCGGGGUCCUCGCCUACGUACUAUUGAGUGGUUUGUCCCCCUUUGCUGGCGAGGACGAUCUUGAAACCCUCCAGAACGUCAAGACGGGAGACUGGGAUUUCGAUGCCGAUGCCUUCUCGAAUGUUUCGGAGGAAGGCAAAGACUUUAUUAAAAAGCUUCUUGUGAAAACACCCCAGGCCCGUAUGACUGUACACCAGUGUUUGGAACAUGCCUGGUUAAAGGGAGAUCACUCUAACAGAACUCAUAGAAUUCCAUCAAGCAGAUAUGACAAGAUACGAGCAAAGAUUAAAGCAAGAUAUGCUGAUUGGCCAAUGCCAGACCCUGCUAUUGGUCGUAUUGCAAACUACAGCUCUCUUAGAAAACUUAGACCCAAAGAAUAUAAUAUCUAUGAUGCAUAUUUCGAUCGUCGUGAAGCCAUUCCGAAAUUCAUUCGUAAACCUCGCACCUGUACAGUCACUGAGGGACAAGGCGCUAAAUUUGAUUGUAAAAUUAUUGCUGCAUCACCACCAAUUGUUACAUGGUACUUUGAUCAAGUACAACUGUCACAGAGUGUUAAACACAUGCAGAAAUACCGCGGUAAAGAGUACGAGUUGAAGAUUAGCCGUGUUAAAAUGGAGGACAAGGGAGAAUAUGUGGUCAAAGCAGAAAACUCCUUCGGUAAACGUGAAGAACUCGGAAUUCUCAAAGUCGAAGCUGGUGAGAAGCCAAUUGUAAGCAGAGACACUACUCCAUUGAGAAGGUCAAGGUCAGAAGUCAGGGAGUUUGAAGCACCGAAGUUAGACCAUAAGCCAGAAGGUGGCUUUGACCUCCGACCUAGAUUUAUCCAAGCUGGAUGUGAGUUUAAGCUUACCACUAUUGUGGAGAGUAUUCCACCACCAAAGGUGACCUGGUUCAAGGAUGGUAAGGAGUUAAAGAAGAAUGAUCAUUACUCUAUCAGUUAUUCACAUGGUGUAUGUUCACUAGAAGUGUCACAAUCUGAAGUAGCAGAUACUGGUAUCUACAGAUGUUUAGCUGUCAAUGACCUUGGAGACUUUGAGACAUCUAGUAAAGUCAUUGUUGAAGAUCGUGUACAUACCCCAUUUAAAAAGAGAGCUGGUUCAGUAUCAGCUAUAAGCAGCUCUGCUUACUCCGGUAGCUACUCGCCAAUGUUGGGUCGAUCAUCGUACUCACGUAGCCAGUACAGUAGUGACUACGGCACAGGUAGAGACUACGGCACAACUUCAGACUAUAGUAGCAGUAAAGACUAUAGCACUAGCCGAGAUUUUAGCACCAGCCGAGAUUAUAGCACCAGCCGAGAUUAUAGUAGCAACCGAGAUUAUAGUAGUAGUAGAAAUUAUAGUAGCGGUAGGAAUUAUAGCAGCAGAGACUAUGGCGACUUCAGUAGCGGCUAUAGUAGUAAAUACGGUACAUCCGGCUAUGGCAGUUCGUCUCGUACUUCCAGGAAAUUUGCGGAUAGUUCAUACAGCGGAACGACCCGACGCUCAUAUAGGAACGAUGAUGCUGCACCACCAACAUUCACAGAUGAACUGGCGACCUUGACAUUGAAUGAAGGUGAAAAGUUGAUGCUCAAAUGUAAUGUAUCUGGAAAUCCCGAUCCUGAAGUCGACUGGUUCCAUGACGGAAAGAAUUUAAAGUUUAAUGAGAAUGCAAAAAUGAAAAAUCGAGCUGGACUUUGUACUCUUACGAUUCCGGAAGUGACGUCAUCAGAUUCUGGUGAAUAUCUAUGUAGAGCUAUCAACGAAGAUGGAGAGGCUGAAAUACGAACCACUAUAACAAUUAUAUCACAGAAUUCUCUGACUGUAUCAGAGAAGACUAACACAAUUCCAUUUAGUAAAGCCCCACCUAUGGAUCUACCCUGGUUUACCAAGCACCCACAAGGAAUGACGCUAAAUGACGGUGAUGCUGCUGUAGUUGAAUGUAUUGUCAGAGGAAACGCAGAGGUUACAUGGUACAAAGGGAACGAAGUUAUCCAAGACAAUGACGAUUUCAAAUAUGAGACUUCCGGCGAAACACACCGUUUGGCGAUAGCGGAGGUAUUUCCGGAGGAUAGCGGAAAUUAUUGCGCAGAGGCAUCUAACCAAACAGGAACUAGUUCUAGCUUUUUCACCAUCUUUGUAAAAGUCCCUGAAGAAGAACCAUCUGGACCUGUGUUCCUUGAGAUUCCAAAAUCACAAAAUGUUGAAGAAGGGGCACCAGUUUCAUUCACGUGCAAGCUGGAUAGAGUAGAGACAGUUACCUGGAUGAGAGGUACACAGAUUUUGGAUGAUUUAGGUCGGUUUAGAAUUACCAGAUGUGACAAUGAAAGCACUUUCACCAUACCGGCAGCUAUAGCAACAGAUUCCGGCAUGUUUGCUGUCGAGGCAAACAACGAAAAAGGGAACACGUUAUGGACAUUUACCCUGGCAGUUAACGUCAGUGCGUCACCAUGUGCUGAUAUUGACGUCAUCAAACUUAUUGAAUCCGCAAAAUAGCUUUAUAUGCAUUAAUUAGAACGUGGAAAUCAAACUUGCGCCAUGUUGACAGAAGUUGCAAUUCAGAAGGACAAUCGCCGGCCGGUUUUUGUGGGUCUGAGUGACCCACACAUAUAUCCGAGAAUUUAAUCUUAUCAGUGUGUUUUGUCUUUAAAGCUAAUUUUUCUGUAUAAUAAGCUAUUAAUAUGAAUGUUUAAUUUGUUUUCGGCAAGCUUAUAAAUAUAUUGCUUGUGUGAAAUGGUUUACUUUUCUUAUAAUUAUUUAUGGCAUUUAAUAAGGCAUGCCUUCUUUCUAAAGAUAUAAUCAAGGAUAAUAUUGCUGUGAUUUUAACGGUGUUUACAGUUUUAUGAUAUAUGUUAUGCAAUGAUGAUAAGCUGUUACAUGUCUUAUAAACUACAGAUGAAUGAUAAUGUAAUAAACGUGUACAUUUUG